AUGCUGAGACGCCCUGUGCUGUUUGCGGCCGCCCGACGGACGACCUCAUCGCUCGUGCCGCGGAAUCCAAAGACGUUCAAUUUCGUUGCUGCACGACUGCUGUCGACAACCAUGGCCCGCCGAGGGGCUUCUCUACCUGUGGUGCAGCCACCGCUGACAUCCACACAUGCGGCUGACGCCUUCCAGUUGCUGCCCGAGGCAGAAAAGGCGGGCGCAGCAGAAGACUUGCUGUACGAGCAGCAGAUCAAAGAUGUGGAGGCAUGGUGGGCAACACCACGCUAUGCUGGCAUCCGGCGGCCCUAUUCGGCCGCAGACGUGGUCUCCAAGCGCGGUUCGCAGAUGCAGACGUAUCCCAGUUCUGCAAUGGCACGCAAGCUCUGGAAUCUCGUCCGCGAACGCGAAGCCAAGGGCGAGCCCAUCCACACGCUGGGCGCCAUCGAUCCUGUCCAGAUGACACAGCAAGCCCCCCACCAAGAGGUGCUGUACAUUUCCGGCUGGGCCUGCUCGUCGACCCUCACGACGACAAACGAGGUGUCGCCCGACUUUGGCGACUACCCGUAUAACACAGUGCCCAACCAGGUACAGCGCAUGGCCAAGGCCCAAAGCAUGCAUGACCGCAAGCAGUGGGACGCACGGCGGAAGCUGACGGCGGCGGAGCGAGCCAAGACGCCAUACACCGACUACCUGCGGCCGAUUGUGGCGGACGGCGAUACGGGCCACGGAGGCCUCUCGGCGGUGCUGAAGCUGGCCAAGCUGUUUGCCGAGAAUGGGGCGGCGGCGGUGCACUUUGAGGACCAGCUGCACGGCGGCAAGAAGUGUGGCCAUCUGGCCGGCAAGGUGCUGGUGCCGAUGGGUGAACACAUCAACCGUCUGGUGGCGGCACGCUUCCAGUGGGAUGUCAUGGGCACCGAGAACCUGGUGAUAGCCCGGACGGACUCGGAGUCGGGCCGGCUGAUCAGCUCGGCCAUUGAUGUGCGCGACCACGAGUUCGUCCUCGGUGUGGCGGACCCGUCAGUCCAGCCGUUGGCCGAGACGCUGCAGGCCAUGGAAGCCCGCGGCGCCUCGAGCGAGGAGAUCGACAUCUUCGAGGCUGAAUGGGUCAAGAAGAGCACGCUAGUCACCUUUGACGAGGCUGCGGUGGCGCACCUGCGGGCCGAGGGCGUGGCCGAAGCGGACGUGGCCUCGUACGAGGCGGCCGUGGCAGCCAACCGCGACAUGGGCAUCUCGGAGCACCGGGCUCUGGCUAACAGCCGCGCGCCGGCCGGCCGCCCAGUCUACUUCAGCUGGGACGUGCCGCGCACGCGCGAGGGCUUCUACCACUACCGCGCCGGCAUGGCAGCAGCGACCAAGCGGGCCCUCGCCUUUGGCCCGUACGCAGACCUGCUCUGGGUCGAGACCGGUGACCCGUCCGUGGAGGUGGCGCGCGAUCUCGGCCGGCAGGUCCGGGCGGCGUAUCCGGGCAAGGGCCUGGUGUACAACCUCUCGCCGUCGUUCAACUGGAUGGCCCACGGCUUCUCCGAGGAGACGCUGCGCUCGUUCGUCUGGGAUAUUGCCCGCGAGGGCUUCGUCCUGCAGCUUGUCUCGCUGGCCGGCCUUCACACCACGGCCACGGCGACGUGUGCUCUGGCGCGCAGCUUCCGCAGCGAUGGCAUGCUGGCCUAUGUCAACCUGGUGCAGCGCCCCGAGAAGGAGCUUGGAUGCGACGUGCUCACGCACCAGAAGUGGAGUGGCGCCAGCUACAUGGACGGCAUCAUGGGCGCCAUCCAGAGCGGAAGCUCGGGGAGCAAGAGCAUGGGCGAGGGCGGCACAGAGUCGCAGUUUGAGUAG